GAACACUCUCUCUCUCUCACUUCACUUUGUUCUCUGUCUGGUCUUCAAACAUUUCACCAUUUUUGUCUGAGAUAUUUUUCUCCCCAGCUUCUUUUACUCUAAUAUACACUAGCAGAACCAACUGAUUCCCCUUCCACUUUUCCGCUUUUUCUCUCGUAAACUUUCUUGGAAAAAUUCUCCACUCUGCUUUAAAGUUUUUAACUUCUCUGGGUUGUUCUUCAGUGGGGGUUCUUCUAAUCAUAUCCUCUUCUCUUUCUCUUUUUUUAAUUUUUUUGAAUCACUUUUCUGUAACUUUUCUAGAUUUGGUUACGAGGCUCGUGCGUAGGCAUGGGUAGUUUGUUCUCUCUUUAAUUUGCUCUAGGAAUCUUUGUGCUUUUUUGCUUUUUGAUUCGGAGUUUUAAAGUUUAAACCUUCCAUGCGAAUCUGAGGUGGAGAUAUGGAAGAAGAAGGCAUGUUGUCCACUAGAGUGAAGUACAGUGAGCACAAACGGCAAACCACGACGGUUAGGCAUUUGCCGGACGGUGGGUGUUCCGGGAUGAGGUCGUCGGAGACGAAUGCUGGGUUGCCCAGAGUUGUGAGGAUAUCGGUGACUGAUAGCGAUGCUACUGAUUCCUCCGGUGAUGAGGAGGGGGAGGGAGGGUUGUUUUGGCGAAGAAGAGUGAAGAAAUACGUGAAUGAGGUCACGUUUGAGGCGUGGGGGAGAGAUGACGGUAACGCAAGCUGUAACGGCGUUGUGAGGAGUGGGCCCACGGCGGCGAAGCGGCGGAAGAAGGCGGAGACGCCGGCGGUUGGGAACUCCGGGAAGGUGGAAAAUGUGACGAAGUUUAGAGGAGUGAGGCAGCGGCCGUGGGGGAAAUGGGCGGCGGAAAUAAGAGAUCCUCUCAGCCGCCGGCGGGUAUGGUUAGGAACCUUCAACACCGCCGAAGAAGCCGCUAUGGUUUACGACAACGCGGCCAUCCAGAUGCGUGGGCCUGACGCGCUGACCAACUUCUCCGCUCCAACCGCCGCCGCCGCCGUCAAGGCUCCACCGGAGGAGCGCAAGCCGCCGAAAUCAGUAGAUUCCGGCUACAACUCCGGCGAAGAGUCCCACAACAACCAACGCUCUCCCAAAUCCGUUUUGUUCUUCAACGAAGAACCCGAAACGGAGUCGUUCCUUCCACCCCUGCCAAACGACGCCGUCGAAAUGAGCCAAGACUUCUCCGACUACACUUCCGUGCCGGAAAACUUCCCGGACUUCUCUCCGUUCGACCCAUUAUUCUCAAACGACUUGUUCAAGUUCGACAACCCGGUACCCGUACCCGAAGUGUUCGACGUAACGGGUUUUUCCGACAAGAUUUUCGAGGAAGAAUGCUGCGGCAUGUUUAUCGGGUCAAGUCAUGAUACCGGGUUCGGGCUGUCGGCAUUGCCGGCGGACGAUUACUUCCUGGAUUACGGAGAUAUAUUCGGGUCGGAUCCUCUCGUGGCUCUUUGAGAGAUAAAAUCGGCGCGGUUUACAAAUUCUAGGCAUUAGUGUCUCCGAAGUUUUAAACCACCGUUAACUGAGUGUUUAAUAUUAAAAUAUUAUUAUAUUUGUAUUAUCGGAUGUUUUAUUGUAAGCCUUUUUGUUAAUCUCCUACACUCUACGUUGUUUAGGUGUAAGUAAGUAACUGGUGUGCGUCAACUUGAGAGUAGCCGUUAAGUUAACGGCUGGGGAGUGGAAAUGUGAGUUGGCACGUGUAAAACACGUGACUUGAGAAUGCUCUGAAUUAGGUGAAAGAAUGUAAUGGGAUGAAUGGAUGCAUAGGCGUGCAUGUCACGUGCUCUGUCAACUAUCAUAUUUUUGUUCCCUCCCUUU